AUGAACUCCUCAGAUUUGGAGGAAAUGAUGAUGUUCUCCUCAGAUUUGAGUGACGAAGAGGACGAGCUAUUUGUGUUUAUUGCCAUCGAGGAGGAAGAAGCAGGAGCUGCGCGUCGUAGCAGGCAGCGUGGGUCGAUGCCCGGCCAUGCGGUUAUAGACCGGCAACACCGCGAAGGUGCUGCUAGGCUAUACAACGACUACUUCGCCGACAAACCUGUAUACGGCGAUAUCCUGUUUUGUCGGAGGUUUCGUAUGUCGCAACGGUUGUUCUUGCGUAUUGCGGCCGUUGUGGAGGAGCAUGACACCUGGUUCAGGCAGAGAAGGGAUGCAACGGGGAAGCUCGGCCUUAGCCCCUUGCAAAAAAUGACAGCGGCCAUACGGCAACUAGCAUACGGAGUCAGUUCCGAUGCAGUUGACAAGUACGUGCAGAUAGGGGCGAGCACGGCGAUGAUGGCAUUACGGAAAUAUGUGCAAGCUAUUGUGGAGGUGUUCGGAGAAGAAUAUCUCCGGGCUCCCAAUGAAACUGACACCGCCCGUCUCCUGGCAGAAGGCUUAUCGAUGGGAGUGCCCCACCUUGUGUCGUACAGCAUAAAUGGUAACAGGUACGACAUGGGAUACUACCUCGGCGAUGGCAUAUACCCCGAAUGGGCGACCAUAGUGAAGGCAAUCCCUGCUCCUCGAGGCAACAAGAGCAUCCAUUUCUCCGCGAUGUAA